AUGUACUCGCUGAUGUGUGGCGUCAUGGAUAUAUGCCAAAUUAUGAUGUCAGAUACUUUCUAUCCAGUGCCAGAGUGUCUCAUCGAGGUGGGCAGUACCUUCGAAGGCUGGUGUCCCGUUAGAAACGUACCUGUCUUUUGCCUGCUUGUGCCCCUGUUGGCCCCCCGUGGGCACACUUUCCACCUGGAUCUGGGCAGCACAGAGAAGGUACCAGCAACGGACUCCUGUAUCCGUGUAGAGCUGGAAUGCACGUGCGGGAGGGAGCAGGAAAUGAGCAUGCUGUGCUUCCUCCACACCUCCGCAAAACAGCUGAAAAGGCAGUGCCCCAGCCUCCUCCACAGCCUCUGCACUAACUCCUACCUAGACGCGGAGAAGACUGCCCGCUGCUUCCGGGAGCUGAUCAAAAAUGCCUGGAAAUGCAUGCAUGUCUCAGAGUUUACCAUGGAGAUAGACACGGUGAAGUCCAGGCGCUCCUGCAGGCUUCAUGUGAGAGAUCUCAACAAAAGAAUCUUCUACGUUGAGUUUGUGUUUGGCGUGCAGCAAGAUGAUACGGACAUCUUUCUGAGCAGCCAUGAGAUAGUGUUUCGUCAUACCCCCAGCACGGCCUGGCCACAGAGCUGCGUUGUGGCAGAGAAAAAGUUCUUCCAGUAUAUAGCCAACCAUGCCCAGGGGGGCAAUUUCUACCUCAGAUAUCUGCAACUGUGUGCCUAUCUCAUGGCGGGCCUCAAGUUUACCAUCUAUGACCUGAAGACAGUGAUCAUGCACCUCCUGACUACCAUCCCUUUGGAAAGGUGGCAUGGGAAGGAUUUCCUGCUGCGGAUGGAUGACAUCUUGAACUACCUGCACUGCUGUGUGGAGGAGAAACGUCUGGACCACUUCAUCAUAGGAAAUGACAUGAUGCCCGAGGAGAUCAUCUUGCUGCAAGAGUUCCGAGCGUCCCCACCGCUCAACAUGUUCCAGCACCUGGAGGAGGAACCGGACAAAUACGAGCAGGCGCAGCUGGAUUUGGAGGAGCUGCAUGAGCGGUUCACAACCAUGCUGCUCUAUGGGAGAUGAGAGAUGUGCUCUUGUCCCACAGAUGAGCACGCGACAAAGGGCAACUGGAGAUUCCUUAGAUGGAGGGACGUCACCUUCCCUGGGACAACACAGUACUUCCUUUCAUGCCAAUCCCUAAAAUCCCGUACAAGGAAAAUUCACACUUUCCUUCUGUUUUCAUCAUGAUGUAUGCCCAUUUUUCAUGUGUUUAAUAAAAAGAUUGGGAACGCUUUCUGUCAACCUGAAUCUCUUCCUAGCUCCUCCCCAUUUUGCAGGGGUCAAGUAGCCCAAGAACAUCGCCUUCACCUUCUCUGUGAUGACUGGGCUGCACUUUCCACAGAAAGCCCAUCUGGAUGAGAUGCCCUUGGCUUAAUUCUGCAUGGCUCUGAUUUUGUCUGUCUCCCUCCUCUUUCUGCGCCAUGUUGGCAGUGCAGCUGCAGAGCUGGGGUAGAAGUGCUCUGUGCACUGUUUCCAUGGAGAAAUCCCUCCCUGAGACAGGGCGAUCUUUGCACAGCAGCAGUGAUCUGAAGCAUCACUACCUGAGUUCAGCAUUUGCUUCUUACUCUGACCUUCACACAAAUUUUAGCUAACCCCUGAACUACACCAGCUAAUUCCCAUUAGCCUAAGUUUGGUACACCUCUGAUGGUUUCACUGGUGCCUGCCAAGCUACACUGGCCGGGAGUUUGCUUCUCUGACUGCCUUAUGUUUCUCCAUGUCUCAGAGGCACAAGUCUUUGUAGGCACAUUCUAAAUUCAGGUGUAGGUCAGGCACAGACCACACAGUAUAUUCCACCGAACACUAAGUGCAGAGUUAUAAGGUAUUUAACUUUCAGCCAGACGUAAGUUAUCUUUAUUAAAUAUGUGCUGUAGAAAUGCUAGUGGUUUUCUAACAAACUGUAAUGUUCAUUCCCCAGACUCU